AUGGAGGGUCGAUUCUUGGCUUGUUACGAGGAGUGGCUCGGAAUCCAGGAAGCCGACCUGGACGAGCUCCUCCAAGCCAUCUCGACCCAGCACGGCAACAGGGAACGGAACGAGGCCGAACUCGGGGAGCUGGUGGAGAGGUGCAUGAGGCACUACGAGGAGUACCACGACCGGCGGCGUGGCCUGGUGCGGGACGACGGCCCCACGUUCUUAUGUCCGCCCUGGUGCAACUCCUUCGAGAACUCCAUGCUCUGGGCCGGCGGCUGCCGUCCCUCCAUGUUCAUUCGCCUCAUCUACUCCCUCAGCUCCUCCGGCCUCGAGGCCCACCUCGAUGCCCCCGCCGGCCGCGCCGUCAGCUCCCACGGCGAAGGGCUGGUGGGGCUGUCCUCGUCGCAGCUGGCCCGCGUCAACGAGAUCCACCGAUCGACGCUUCAGGAGGAGGACAAGAUCACGUCCCAGAUGGCCACGCUGCAGGAGAACGUGGCCGACGGGCCGCUGCUCCCCAUAGUCAAGAAGCGGCAGAUGUGGCAGUGGAGCGGCACCUCCCGCGUCGAGAAUGGCGGCGGGGACGCGGAGGUGGAGGCGGCGAUGGAGGAGUACACGGAGUCAAUGGAGCGGCUGGUGCAGGAAGCGGACCGACUGAGGGUGGAGACGGCGAGGACGCUGGUGUUGGAGAUCCUGACGUCAAAGCAGGCGGUGGAGCUGCUGGUGGCGGCGAAGCAGCUCCAACUCUCGGUCCACGAGUGCGGCCACCAGCGCGACCAGAGGAAUGGCCGCGGCAGAUGAUAUGUUAGUAAUUAAAAGAAAGCGUGUCUAAGAUAUCAUAACGACUGU